UCUCUCUCUCUCUCUCUCUCUCUCUCUCUCUCUCUCUCUCUCUCUCUCUCUCCUCCAGGUCAUCCUCUACCUUGCCUGGUGGUGAGAGAAGCCCCUCAUCAGUGUGUGUCUUGCAGUGGUGCCAUACACACAGCGGGUACCAGCAUGUCUCCUGAAAGUCAGGAAGUGUCAGAAGAUGCUCCUCAUCCUCCCAAUUUAUUCAUGCAGCGGCUGAUGCAUGAGGUGCCUUCCCUGCAAGAUGCUCUCAGCCUUUACAACACUACCAAGAAGGACCACCACUAUGUUGGUGCAGCCUUACAUGCAGCAGAAGCUGGGUUGAGUAUAGUGGCAAACACUGCCCUACCCCUAGCACACCCUCUGGUGAACCAGGUGGGGGGCUGGGGCACCCUGGACCAAUGGGCUUGCCAUGGACUGGACCGUGUAGAGGAGGCAGCCCCUAUCAUUACUCAGCCCACUAAGGAGAUGAUGAACAAGACCCAUGCCCUUGUACUCAAGACCAUUGCUGGACAAAGAGAGGGCACGCUGCACCCCAUCCCACUAUCUACCCUGUCUGAUGCCCUGACACUACGUGCACUAAACACUGCAAGGGUGGUGGCAGGGACUCAGGCAGGGAUGGCAGUGGUUGGGACUGCUCACCGCCUACUAGACAAGGCUAACACCAUCGUGGACACCAUACUGCCUGUAGAGAAGUGGGACCAUGUUGUGCUUGACCAUGAUGGACGUGGGGGAACCUUUGGGGUACGAGUUGUUGUGCUGAAGGACAAGUGUCGUAGGCGGAUGAAGGCCAAGAUAAGUGACAGCCUCCAUGUUACUGCCAAUCAGCCGCUGAAGCCUGACGACCUGGACAUCACUCUGGGGCACUUGAUUGAACUUGCACGUCGCUUGAUGAUUGACUGGCAGACAAAUUUAAGCCAACAAAUCUAUGCCAGCAGGAUCUUUCAACACACUAAAACUUGUUGUACUGUUGGUCUGGAAUGGAUGAAUGUCAUUCUUUCAAGUUUUCAAGCAAGGGCAGGGACAGUUUGGGCUUUGGUGACUGACAGGGCAGGAAGGGUGCAAAAUAUUCUGUUCUCAGGUCCAGCUGGACCAAUGUUAAAAGGUGGUGUGGGAAUGGCAAGUGAUGCUGGGAAGAUGGGUAUGGAAAUGACAAAGAAUGGAGUAGAUAUUGUGACUGCUGUGAUGAGAUAUAACAUCUUAUUAAUGAGAAGCACUAUAUUAGUUGUGGAUGAGAUGGUAAGGGGCAAGGUAAAAGAGGUGAAGCACUGUAGUGUGGAUGUGAUGGGGAGGGUAGCUAAGAGAGGUAGCUCAGUAGUCAUUGGCGGAGUAUGUGCAACUAAAAAUGCUGUGACUAGCACAGCACAAGCUAGCCUUACUACAGUAGCAAUAAUAUUUGGUACAGCACAGCAUGUGGCCACUGGUGUGGUCAGCAUGGGUGGGUCAAUAGGGAGGCAGGGAGUGAAUGUGGUUAGGAAUAUUUGGGGUGCUAACACCAGGAUCCUGUUGAGAAUCUGCACCACAAGUCAAAAAUUCCUACCAGGAAGCAAGUACUUCCCCUACUUGAACUCACUGAUUGGGGUUCCAUACAUCUGGAUCAAUGAUGCCUCCUGCCAUGACACACAGCAGCAGCAUCAACUGCAGCACCCACAAGCUCCUAGCACCACUCCCAUCUCUUCACAGGGCACACAAGAAACCCCACUUGUCUUAAAGUCACUAGAGGAUGCAUCAAAACUCAUCAAGGAACACAUGAACAUAUUGCUACAACUGAAAGAAGAAAAAGAGGAAAAGGAAGGAAUAAAGAAAGAGAAUGAAGAAUUGAAAGAAGAUUUGGAGCAAAUGAAUGGCAGUGACGAGGACAAUAGCGAUGAACACGAACAAUACUUGCCUCUUGAAGAAGAAUAUCUAUAAAAACUUAUCACAAUCACCAUUACCUUUUUAUUAACUAUGUAAUUACCAAUUAGUUUUAGUUAGCUUCAUUCACAAAUCAUCUUUGUUUUCACAUUUCCAGUUCCAGUUCUCCUGCCUGCAUGCCAGUCAUACAGUCACUGAGAACACCCUAGGUAAGGUAUUUUUCUGGUAAAAUAAUGAGUGAAAAAUUAAACAAACAAAACCCUUCAGAGGACAUUAUUGUAGCCAUACAUUAAUUUAGGCCUGUAAAUUCAAUUUUGGAUGUCAUUCAGUACUGCAAAAGUGUGUGUGUGUGUGUGUGUGUGUGUGUGUGUGUGUGUGUGUGUCUAUGUGUGUGUGUGUGUGUGUGUGUGUGUGUGUGUGUGUGUGUCUAUGUGUGUGUGUGUGUGUACAUUAGAAUACUCUUAUGUACACACACACACACACACACACACACACACACACACACACACACACACACACAUGCCAGUGUUGUGACACCCAAAUUAAAUUUACAGCCCUAACUUGUUUUUUUAGUAUGUGUGUGUGUGUGUGUGUGUGUGUCUAGUUUUUUUUUUUUUUUUUUUUUUUUUUAGCUGAUGUGCAUAUCACAUUUGUAUUUCCCCUCUUGUUAGUUUCAGAUACCUGUGCUUCUGUAGUAAAAAUUGUACCUUAUCACUCAAUUAUCUCAUGUUCCUCAACCUUUGUCUCUCAUUGCCCCCUCAGUAACAAGGCUGUAUCUAUUCUUUCCACUGGGUGUGUUUACCUGUAGUUGUUUUCAAGUUGUGACAUAGUAGUGUAGGUAAAGAGCUGUGUUUGCACUGUCCUGUCUACAUGAUUAUUAUUGCUGUUAUUAUGGUUAUUAUUGUUAUUAUUAUUAUUAUUAUUAUUAUUAUUAUUAUUAUUAUUAUUAUUAUUAUUAUUUAUUAUUAUUAUUAUUAUUAUUAUUAUUAUUAUUAUCCAUAUCUAUUUUCAUUUUUAAGCUCUUCCAUGGAUUAUUUUCCAUUUAUGUGUGUGUGUGUGUGUGUGUGUGUGUGUGUGUGUGUGUAUAUUUGCCUUGUAUCUAUCAAGUUGUAACAUACAGGAACAUUGCCAUGCUCAUACUGCCCUGUCUCCAUAUCUACUUUUAUACAACCUCACUUUAAAUUUGAGGUUUUGGCUGGACCAUUUCUUUCUGUGAAUCAUUUUGUGUUUCUAUUCACAUAUGUGGAAGACUAUUUCUUUAUGCCCCUUUUGUGUAUGUGUGUGUGUGUGUGUGUGUGUGUGUGUAUGUGUCAUACACUCCAGUCCAUAAAUGAGAGAUCUGAAUGUUCAGUUAUACUCAUCCCUUUUUGAGAUACAUUAAUGAGCACUUAUUAUAAGACAGCAGACAGACACGGCUCUAGAGUUGUUGUACAUCAUGCUUUGUUAUUACAAGACAAUGUUGGUGAUAGUUUGUGUUUUCAUAAAUUAUGGAUAGAUGAAAUACAUUUAAAUAGUUA